CAAGCUCCCUCAGCUCGGUCUUCUCGGCAGGACCCGGCAAGCAAAGCCAAAGCCCAGCUCUUUCUCGGCCGGGAGAUCGAGACAUGGGGCGCGCUCCGUGCUGCGAGAAGAUGGGGCUCAAGAGGGGCCCGUGGACGCCCGAGGAGGACAGGAUCCUGGUGGCGCACAUCGAGCGCCACGGCCACAGCAACUGGCGCGCGCUGCCCAAGCAGGCGGGCCUUCCCCGCUGCGGCAAGAGCUGCCGCCUCCGCUGGAUCAACUACCUGCGCCCCGACAUCAAGCGCGGCAACUUCACCCGCGAGGAGGAGGACGCAGUCAUCCAACUCCACCAAAUGCUCGGCAACAGAUGGUCGGCAAUCGCUGCCAGGCUGCCGGGGAGGACGGACAACGAGAUCAAGAACGUCUGGCACACUCACCUCAAGAAGCGACUGGAGCCUAAGACAGCCACGCAGGCGCCCAAGCGAAAGCCCAAGAAGCAGCAGCAGCCAGAGGCGGUGACGCUCGCAGCGCCGGUCUCGCCGGAGCAGUCAGUCUCCACGUCGACCACCAGCACCACCACUGACUACUCGGCGGCCUCGUCGUCGUUGGAGAACGCGGAUAGCUUCACCUCGGAGGAGGAGGACUACCAGAUUGACGACAGCUUCUGGUCCGAGACGCUGGCGAUGGCGGUCGACAGUUCCGACUCCGGGAUGGAGGAGGCAGAGGGCGCCUUCGGCGCGUCGCCGCCGGCGCCGUCGACCAACGACGACGUGGACUUUUGGCUCAAGCUGUUCAUGCAGGCCAGCGACAUGCAGAAUUCGCCCCAGAUUUAUGCAUGAACCUAGACGGUUCUCUCUCGAUCGGCUGAUGAUGUUCUUGGCCUCAGAAUUCUUUCAAUCCUUUUGUUCUGCUCCGUUUCGGUGGACGUAUAUCUGACUGAAAACUUGUGCAGCGGAAAGCGAUUGUGCUUCAUCAUGGCGGUGUUCACUUUUUGCGCAUUAUAUACUACGAUUUUAGUUGAGUUUUCUGUCACCUGUGCUUUCCGCCGCUAGCUGCUUAUCAGGGACCAGGGUCCCUGCUACAUGACCGAUGUCCAUGUC